AUGAGCCCCUGGUUGGAGCCAACUCACUCCACCUUCCUUCUUUGCCUGUGGAUCCCUCCUCUGGGCUUGAGAUCAGCAAAGCAAUUGUCCUCUCCUCGAAUGUGCCGAAGCCCAUGGACAAGGACUCAGACUGUGGACCGAUGCAAUGGCAGCACAGUGACCGAGUUUAUCCUCGUGGGCUUUGAGAAGAGCUCCCCUUCUACACGAGCAUUGCUAUUUGUGCUCUUCCUCGCCUUCUACAGCCUUGCCAUGGCCAUGAAUGGCCUCAUCAUCUUCAUCGCCUGGACAGAUCCUAAGCUCAACAGUCCCAUGUACUUCUUCCUUGGCCACCUGUCCUUUCUAGACAUCUGUUUCAUCAGCACCACCAUCCCACAGAUGCUAAUCCACCUCGUGGUUAGAAAUCACAUCGUCUCCUUUUUGUCUUGCAUGACCCAGAUGUACCUGGUCUUUGGUGUAGGUGUGGCUGAGGCCAUCCUCCUAGCUUUUAUGGCCUAUGACCGUUAUGUUGCUAUCUGCCACCCGCUUAACUAUGCCCAAAUCAUGAACCAGCAGGUCUGUGGGAGACUUGUGAGUACUUCCUGGUUCUUUGGGCUGGUCAAUGGCAUCUUUCUAGAGUACAUAUCAUUCCGGAACCCCUUCUGUAGAGACAAUCACGUAGAAAACUUCUUUUGUGAAGCCCCCAUAGUGAUUGCUCUCUCCCGUGGAAACCCUCAGUUCAGCAUGAAGAUGAUCUUUCUCGAUGCUAUCAUAGUGCUGCUCAGUCCCAUGGCACUCAUUGUCAUCUCUUAUGCCCGCAUCUUGGCUUCCAUCCUGGGCAGAGCCUCCUCUUCGGGGGGUCGGGGGAAGACCUUCUCCACUUGUGGCUCCCAUCUCACUGUGAUCAUCUUUUUAUACACUUCAGCCAUGUUCUCGUACAUGAAUCCCCGUAGUACGCAUGGCCCUGACAAAGAUAAGCCUUUGUCCCUCCUUUACACUAUCAUCACCCCCAUGUGUAAUCCCAUCAUUUAUAGUUUUCGAAACAAGGAAAUGAAGGGAGCCAUGAGGAGAGCCCUUGGCAAGACUGGUCUAACCCAAACAGAAUCCGUCUAA